AUGGAAGGUGAUUUUAACAACUACGAUAAUGUAGCUGAGUUUGAUAUGAAAUCUAUGAAUAAUGAUGAUGAUAGUGUGAUGAGUGUUGGUAUUGAUAAUGUUGCUACAAUCUAUUCAAAUGCAAAUAUUGAUAUUCAACCUAAUAGUAUUAGUAUUCCAAUUUUUCGAUGUUCCAAAUCACACCAUCAUUUGUGUGAAGAUGAAUUAACUAUUAAAUCAUUUGAUCAUAUUCGUGUAUCGAAACCUGAUCGAUGGAAAAUUGGUUCAGAUGAAUUUCAAAUAUUUGUCGAAGAUAUUCGUACUAUAUUAUUUAAACAAAAAAAAUUUGAUUUCGAUGAUCCAUCUUGCUUCAGUGACGAAGGUUAUCAGGCUAUUGUUGGAUUAAGUAAAGGUAUUUCAAGAUUAAUAAUAAUAGUUGAAAUUAUAUAA